AUGAGCGGAGAAUUCCGCGAGAGCGGGAUUCGUUCGUGGAUGGAAAUUUCCGCCAUCCGCCCGAUCCCGUUAACGUCGUUCUUCUCUCCCGUGCAGUUGACCUUGGUGGUGGCGCUGGGAAUCUACCGGAAUGCAUUCAUCGGGAGCGUCGACACCCAGUUCCUGGUCGCGGGAAUGGUCGUCGGGUAUCUGGUCCUCGCUGUGUGCCACUUGAUCGGUUUCCUCCUCGGAGAGCCCCACUCGCCUCAGGAAGUGUUGGUGAACCUCGUCGGCGGCGCGUUGCUGGCCGUCUCCGGCGGCGUCCUCCUCGGGGAAGCGAACGGGUACACGGACGAGCGGAAGUCGAAGGGACGCGCGAGUGCAAUCUUCCAGUUCGUCGCUGCCGUCCUCUUUCUCCUGGACGCCGUCAUCCUCAUAUUCAGACUGCGGCGAGCGUGAAUCUUCGCGCGCGUGCCGUUCUCGCCGCUUUCCUACCGUUCGUCCAUUUUUUUCAUAGAGACUCGAAGCGAAUCGGGAAACGAACGUGCAGAAACCAGUUCCACGCGAGUGGCGUCUCGUGGCCGCGAAGAUAAUCCCAAAAAACUCUCGUGGCUACUGCUCGUCAAACCGUGAUCGGUGAUCCGUGAAUACGAACGGCGUACUUAUCUCCCCAUCGCUCCAAGCCUGGACGAGGACAUUCUAAGGAAGUAGACGACAAACGCUUCGGAUGAAUCUGCCGUUCGCUUCGAGACGAAUUCCAGAAAUGUGAAGGUGAAAGAAUAAAGGUGUCAUUACCAUCACGAUGCGA